AUGGAUUUCGACAGUCCCUCAGCCUCCCGGGCCUCCCGUGGCUCCCACAACGAGCGUUUGCCGGCUGGCUCUCCGGCGUUUCUCCCGCCGCGGAGGCGGCUCCUCGUUCCGAAGGCGCGGGCUUCGCUGGCGACCAACCGCCAAGACUCCUCCAGUGAGUCGGAGAAGCUGGCAAAGUCCUCGCGCUGCUCUAACUGUGGACAUCUGCUGAUGGACUCCGUCUUCUGCCGAAACUGCGGGCAGCGUCGCGCCGGCGGCCUGGACAUGGCGGCUGCCUUUGAUGCUGUGAGAAGUGCCGUCUCUGAGGAGCAAGCUCAAAGGGCAACGGUUUCCACCGUCCUGCACUCCUUGGAAGCUGUGGCCGCGGUGGUUCAGGAGAUGCUCCAGGUGAAGUAUGGGCUGGUCUUGGAUGAUGCGGACCUCUUCGGAAAGCUGCGGCACCACUGCAAUGGCGCCACUCCAGAGGAGGUCGUGGCGUUGUUCAACUCCCAGGUGGACCUUCACUUCCGGACCCGGGGCUGCCAGCGCCUUUUGGCCUUGAAGUUGGACUGGAAGGUGGUGGACUUUGUCCAGCUCCGCACCCGGGUGCGCGCCAUGCCCGGCACGGCCUCAGCCGUCGCCGUGGUCCGCGAGGCGCCCUACCUGGAGAGCGGGGUGCCCACGGCCGUCGCGGUCUUCCGCGAGGCGUACGGCGCGUCCCACGAGAUGCCCUGCACUCUCAUGGGGCGCUGCGGGGGUCCCUCGGCCCCCCCUCUGCUCAGCCUCAGCUCCCGCGAGCUCCAGCACGCCGGGCUCAUUGAGCCGCGCAUCCUCAGCGAGCUGCGCACCACGGGUCCCUCCAAGAAGCCCGUGGAGCGGACAGCCCCCCCAUGGAGGGACGAGUACGUGAGCGCCACGAAGGCUGAGGACCUGGGGCUGACGGAGGCCCGAGAGGCUCGAGAACCUCGGGCACCGUCGGUACCCAAGCUGGACCUUUCGGAGGCGCCGAGGAAGUCCAGGCGCCCGUCGCCGCGGCGGAAGGAGGAGCGGGAGGGAAGCUCGGCCACCAGCAGCGCACGGCUGACUCAGUGCAGCACGGAGGCCAGUCGCAGCUUCAGCCCAGAUCGGCAGCGACAGCAGGUUCCUGCUGGCAACAUCCAGGUCCUGGGCCCCGGCCUGGCACUCGAGCCACCCACGGGGCUCAGGCUGAUCCAGGAGCCUCUGCAUCCGGCCCCCUUCCAAGUGGAGAGUGGGCUCCCAGCGACUGCGUGGGUGCAGCCACAGGCGCCUUGCCUAAGUGGCCUCACAGGCCUCACGCCACCUACAGGUGUUGGAGCAAUGCGGCUGGAGCCUGUGGGCUGUGAGUGGCACUGCCCCAACCACGACGUAUCUGGCCCCUUCUGCAAGGACACGGCAGAUGCUGCGGAGAGAAACAGUGAUGGCCUGGCGGUGCAGUGUGGGCCGCCGGCCGAGCUUCUCAGAUGUCUGCACAGCAAGCUUGCCGAGCUCCUGGCCGAAGUGGACGCCGAAGCCUCGACGAUGAUUGCCAAGCCCAACGAUGCGGCGAACGUGGCGAAGAGGAGCGAGAUGGCGCUAGAGUGCACGCCGCAGAUAGCCGCCGGCGCCACGCAUGGUACGCCGAGCUGGCAAAAGCCAAUUCCGGCAGCGGUCCUCCAAGAGCUUCAGUCCCUCUGGCCGAAGCAGGUUCGCAAGUCGGCGCCCCUCAGCCCGGGCGCUUGGUACGCCUUCUGUGCAGCUUCCUCGGCUUCCUACGGACGUCUGAAGCUUUACCGGGGCUAUGCAGUCCGCUUUGGUGGCCGGGGGGCCGUCUUCCUGGCCUCCUUGCUCCUGUUCUUCGCCUCGCAGGCCAGCAUGGUGCUGGUGGACUGUUGGCUUGCACGCUGGUCAGCCCUGCCCUCGCAAUUGCAAGGUCACACGGAUGGGGUCAGCAUCUCCGAGAAUCUCGCCGUGUUCGUCCUCCUUGCAGCUUUGGCGGCGGCUCUGGCAACAACUACACCCCUGUGA